AAAUAGAUAAAAACUGAGUCACUGAGUCAAAAGAAGGGAAAAAAAAAAUCAAAGAUAAAUAGUAAAAGGGUUAAAAAAAAAAACAAAGAAAGUAAAUAAAUAUAAGAAAAACUUAAAAACACACAGACACACAGUGAGAGAAGAGCAAAGCACAAAACAUGGAAGCGAUGAAAUCAUCAGCAACAACAACAGCAAUGCUUGUCGUUAUCGUAGCAGUUGUUACUUCUUCCAAUAUUAAUCCUACUACUACUACUACUAAACCCUUCCAGCUCCGAAUCGGUCUCUCCUGACCGUUUCCUCAGAUAAUACCUCUUUUUCUGCUUUAAAAAAUUGCAUUACUUUAAUCAUAAUAUAACCAUUAGAUUAAUUAUUAACAAUCCCAGUACAUUACUGCAGGGAUUUGUCAAGAUUAAAAAUUGUUGUUGUUUUUUUUUUUUUAAGAUUUGAUUUAGGGAUUGGGUUUAUUAGUAUAUUAAACCAAAUACUGGCAAUUCCAGAAUUUGUUUUAGUGCAUUACUGUUAACGAUUAGAGGAGGAGGAAGAGGAGGAGGUAACCGGAGCGGAGGUCGGCGGCUCUUCUCAGCUUCAGCUUCAGCUCCCGCGCCACCCCUUUUUCCGGUGUCUGCCUCGUCGGUUUCCGAUGGCUAUCCCUCGCCGUCGCCAGCAUUAUAACCAUUUCCGUGGACGCCGGUUUUUUAUCCGCGCCAUCUCCGUCGUUUCCGCCGCUCUUCUCUUGCUUUUCCUUUUCCUCUCCCUCUUGGCGCCUUCUCCCGUCGACAAAAACGAUCACCUUCGCCAUGGCCGCAAAGAUUCCUGGGAGGAUGGAACUGGCAAUUUGGACGGGAUUGGAGAGCCUAAAUUUCUUGUCCCGACUACUAAAGGAGCCGCAGAUCAUCAUGAUCUCUGGACUACAAGAAAUUCCAGGUUUUAUUAUGGAUGCAGCAAUGCCAGCAGUAAAUUUGCAAAACCAGAAGAUAUAACACGUCCUAAUCGAUAUUUGUUGGUUGCAACCAGUGGGGGUCUUAAUCAACAGAGAACUGGGAUAACUGAUGCUGUUGUUGCUGCUCGUAUAUUGAAUGCUACCCUUGUUAUACCAAUGCUAGAUAAGAAAUCCUUCUGGAAGGAUUCGAGUAACUUUUCGGACAUAUUUAAUGUAGACUGGUUUAUCACACAUUUAGCCAAAGAUGUGAAAAUCAUAAAAGAGCUUCCGUUGAGGAGAGGACAGCAAUGGGAUCCAUACAGAAUGCGAGUUCCCAGAAAGUGCAACGAGAAAUGUUACAUCAAUCGUGUCUUACCUGUACUUAAUAAGAAACAGGCUGUCCAGCUAAACAAGUUUGACUAUAGACUUUCAAAUAAGCUGGAAACGGAUUAUCAAAAGCUUCGGUGCAGAGUUAAUUAUCAUGCACUGAAGUUCACUAACCCUAUCAUAAGAAUGGGUCAAAAAUUGGUGCACCGAAUGCGGACAAGGAGCAAGCAUUUUAUCGCGCUUCAUCUGAGGUUUGAGCCUGAUAUGCUUGCUUUCUCAGGAUGUUAUUACGGUGGAGGGGACAAGGAGAGGGCAGAGCUUGGGAAAAUACGGAAGAGGUGGAAAACAUUGCACAUUAGCAAUCCUGACAAGGAGAGGAGACGAGGAAGAUGUCCCCUCACUCCUGAAGAAGUUGGACUGAUGCUGAGAGCACUUGGAUAUGGUAAAGAUGUUCAUGUUUAUGUAGCAUCCGGCGAAGUGUAUGGCGGUGAAGAGACGUUGGCUCCUCUAAAGGCUCUCUUUCCGAAUUUCUACUCAAAAGAUACCUUGGCUAGUAAAGAGGAAUUGGAACCCUUUACUGGAUUUUCUUCGCGAAUGGCUGCGUUAGAUUUUAUUGUAUGUGAUGAAAGUGAUGUAUUUGUGACCAACAACAAUGGAAACAUGGCGAAAAUCUUAGCAGGGCGAAGGAGGUACCUUGGGCAUAAACCUACCAUUCGUCCAAACGCUAAAAAGUUGUAUAGACUGUUCUUGAACCGAAAUAACAUGACUUGGGAAGAAUUCGAGUCGAAAGUUCGUACAUUCCAGCGAGGCUUCAUGGGGGAACCCAAAGAAGUGAGACCAGGAAGGGGUGAAUUCCAUGAGAACCCAUCAACCUGCAUUUGUGAAGAUACAGAAGCAAAAGCAAAGGCGGAAGCUCAGCCACGGAAGUUUGGUAAAGACAAGGUGGAACAAAAGGAGGAGCCAUUGGGUGGUUUGGCUGAUAGUGAAAACGUAGAUGAUGAACCAGAAUGGGUUGAAUUUGAAGAUGAUGAAGACGCCAGUGACCUUCGCCCAAAAAUUUUGCCCAAUGGAACGGCUGUGGAUUAUGAAGCAUCUCUCGUUGAGGAGCCCGAGCUCGAUCUGUUACUCUCUGACUAAAGAUGGUGACAAACUUUUAUGUUGCUAACCUGUUGUCUGACUGAUUCUUCUUCGCCCUGUAUCCAAAGCGAUGAGUUUAUGGAGGUAGCCCUCUGGGGAUUGUCCUUCAACUAUGCAAAUGAGCAGUGAGAUGGAUACUUGUCGUGUAUUUAGCUCAUCACUCACUGAAGAUGGCGAGGGGCGAGGGUUAGUAAUCUCUUCUUUCAAGAAUCUGAAUCUUGCCUUAUGAGAGGUUGAUAUUCUGUCUGAUUGAUGGAAGAGAUUUUUUCUACAAAAAUAGAUGGGGGGAGAAAAUGGUGGUUGCAUGAGCAAGAAGUGGUACCAGGUUUAAUUCAGAUUUAGAAGUAUUACAACUUAGAACUGAGAACAGCUAAUGAUAUAUCUGAGGAGCUUUGUGGACUUUUUCAUAUAGGAGCGAUGUUUCUUAAGUAGACUAGUAUACAGUGGUCUUGUGAAGCUGGUUUUGGAUGAAGAUCCUUAAAUCCUGAGGAGUUGAAAUGUGCUCUUCUCAUGAGCAGUGUUGUAAUCGGUAAACAUCAAAAGGGGGGGAAAAAAUAGAAAUUUGUAAAUGUUGUUAGCGUUUGGGAUAGUUUACUAGCAGAUAUGGUUGGAUAUACUUGGAUCUUUCAGAACAGAGACUCUUGAAACUCUUUUUUCGUAGUCAGAAAUGGGCAAUUUAUACUGUGGAUCAUAGUUCGUAUGGCAACUUGGACCAAAACAACUGGUUCGAAACGGAAUUAAGUCAUUGAUCGAAC